UGCAUCUGCGUUUUCUCUCGCUUCCUUCCACCAGCCCCCUUCCUCUCGCGCGACCCUCUUUCCGGCAGCCGGUUCUCGCCGUCGUUGUUCUCCUCUCCUCGGUUGUAGAGAUGGCCGGUCGCGGGAAGGCAAUCGGCGCUGGCGCAGCGAAGAAGGCGACGUCCCGCAGCUCCAAGGCUGGGCUGCAGUUCCCCGUCGGCAGGAUCGCUAGGUUCCUCAAGGCCGGCAAGUAUGCCGAGCGCGUCGGCGCCGGCGCCCCCGUCUACCUCGCCGCCGUCCUCGAGUAUCUCGCAGCUGAGGUCCUGGAGUUGGCCGGCAACGCCGCAAGGGACAACAAGAAGACCCGCAUCGUGCCGCGCCACAUCCAGCUCGCCGUGCGCAACGACGAGGAGCUGACCAAGCUCCUGGGCGGUGCCACCAUCGCCAGCGGCGGCGUGAUGCCCAACAUCCACCAGCACCUCCUCCCGAAGAAGGCUUCAUCCUCCAAGGCUUCCAUCGCCGACGACGACGACAACUGAGGACAACCGUCGACACCUUCAUGGAUUCCUUAGCGCCGCGUCACAAGUGGAAGGAGUUUUUGAUUCGUAGGAUUUAGUGUAUUACCGCAGAGUUUCGGAUGGGUGGAACAAAAUAGGAAAACUCCAGUUUCUUACUCGGAUUAGGUGUUUCGAUUGCUGUGAAUAUGGCAAGCAAAUUUUCGGGUGAGUUAAACUCAGAUGCAAGCCGGGUUGAUCUUGUUUGUGUUCAAUGGUUGAAGAAAUGGGAAAAAACUGAAUUUUAAGAUUACUAUGUUUCAA